AUGGCGUCUGAUACUCGCCCUAAUAUCCUCUUCAUCAUGGCUGACGACCAUGCCUCCAAGUCAAUUUCCUGUUAUGGCGCCGGAAUCAAUCAUACGCCCAAUUUGGAUCGGCUGGCUACAGAGGGAAUGAAAUUUAAUCACUGCUAUGUCACAAACAGCAUUUGUACGCCAUCCCGCGCCGCCAUCCUGACCGGCACGCAUAACCAUGUAAACGGAGUCAUGACACUGGACUCGAAGAUCAACAAACACAUCCCGAAUGUGGCAAAACACCUGCGCGUUGGUGGAUACCAAACGGCAAUGGUGGGCAAAUGGCAUUUGGGCGAAGGUAAAGACCAUGAACCAACGGGAUUUGACUCCUGGGAGGUCGUCCCAGGACAGGGCGAAUAUCACGAUCCGCAAUUCAUCGGGCCUGGUGGAAUCCACAGAGAACAGGGAUAUGCCACGGAUAUUAUCACAGACAAAAGCCUGAGCUGGAUCAAAUCCCGGGAUCCCAAGAAGCCAUUCUUUCUCAUGUGCCAUCACAAGGCGCCGCAUCGCAGCUGGGAAUGCGAUCCGAAACACAAGCAUCUUUACAAGGACCCUGUCCGUCUACCAGAUACAUUUACAGACGACUACAAGAAUCGCGCUAGGGCUGCUGCCGUUGCCAAGAUGCGCGUAGCUGAAGAUCUCACUUACAUGGACCUCGGACUCGCCCAGCCUGAUGGCGGUCGCUCUGUUGUCGGAAGCAAGAUGAUGGAUACGUGGUGGUGGCACGACCGCAAAAUUCCGGAUCCAGAGGAUGUGACCCAGAUGAAGUUGAUUGAUAAAGACGAUGGGACGGUGUUCACGUUCAAAACACGAAAGGAGCUCGCCGAGUUCAAGUUCCAGCGCUAUAUGCAACGAUAUUUGCGCACCAUCCAAAGUAUCGACGACAACGUGGGUCGGAUGCUGGACUUCCUCGAAGACGAAGGACUCGCCGAGAACACGAUAGUGAUAUAUACCUCUGACCAGGGCUUCUUCCUCGGCGAACACGGCUGGUUCGAUAAGCGUCUCGUCUACGAGAAUAGCUUUAACAUGCCAUUCCUGAUCAGGUACCCACGCGAGAUUGCCCCCGGCAGCAUUUGCAACGAUAUUAUUUGCAAUGUUGACUUUGCCGCUACGUGGCUUGAUUUUGCUGCUCUCCGCAAACCUACUUAUAUGCAGGGUGUGAGUUUUCGGCAGCUCUUGCAGCAAAAGACGCCAGCAGACUGGCAGCAGGUCGCGUAUCACCGGUACUGGAUGCAUCGGGACGUAAUCCAUGAGGCUUAUGCACACUACGCGGUGCGAGACCAACGAUAUAAGCUGAUUUACUGGUACAAUGAAGACUUCGGCAUUGAGGGGACAAGGCCUGGUGGCGAGGAGAAAGAAUGGGAGUUGUUCGAUCUGCAGGAUGAUCCCUUGGAGCUAUUUAAUUGCUAUCACGAGGCUAAGUAUGCUGACGUAGUCAGGCAUAUGACGAAAUUGUUGGAAGAUAAAAUGGAGGAAAUUGGUGAUGAGCCCGUACAUCCUCGGUAA